AGAGUGAGAGCGACUUGGCGGGGGGCUUAUCGAAGAAUUAUUGAGAAUGCAAAUUUCUGCUUUUGAUAACCAACUGUUUUCCUUUUUCGUCGUGAGAAUUGUCUUGCGUCGUGCACAAAACACUUUUACAGGAUAGCUUUGUCAGCUUUCUUCGUCAAGCCUAUACGCCUAUUCACCUGGGCCAAUUCGGUUGUAUUUUUACCUGACCAUGGCCUGAUUAACACAUUUUAGCAGGUCGCAGAAGUUAAAAAACGCCCCACUCUUGUAAUGACGCCAACAAAACAGCGGUUUCACUUUUGGGCUUCAUAUCGCUGCGUUAACCAGUUUUGAAAGCAACCAACUUACAUGUGGCGCUAUCAGAUUUCGACGAACAUGUACGGUCAUACUCGUUGGUUGUGCGUGUGAGCCAGGUUGCUUAGUCUUGCGUAGCGAAGAAAAUUAAUUUGUAGAAAAAACAUUCCAAUUUUCGUUAUGACACGAAGGGUGAAAACACGCUGUUGUGGUCUUUCGUUACAAUUGGGAACGAAAAUCAUUGGCUUUUUUUCAUUGGUUGGCUAUUUAAUUCAACUUGUCAUUAGUAUGAUGCAAUCAAGUAGUUUGGAUUUGGAAGACGGUUCGCUAGAUACUGUGGAGGUUUUCAUCAUCAUUUCCAGCGUGGUUGUUAGCUCUGCCCUUCUAGCUUGUUGCGUGUUGCUGCUACAAGUGGUUUUCAGCAACUGUCGUCCCAUCUUGUUGGUACCGUGGCUCGUAGGUGACAUGGUAAUGAGAUCUAUCCAUGCCAUUAUCCUAAUCUCUGGCAUUAUGCUUGCAAUCAAUUCCAACAUCGCCCAUGGAGUUUCUACCGUCUUCAUCAUGUCGUGCUUUAUUGGAUUGGAAACUUAUUUGUGGUGGAUCGUCUUGUGUUACUAUCGAGAACUUCGACAUCACGAAUCGACCUGCAAAGGGGCAACAACAGCCGAAAUGGUUGCCAUGUAAACGAAGAGCUUUCAGUUAACUGAACAUCAAAGGUAUUUCUUUCGAAAUCAAAAUUCCACUAAGUCUGUAAUCAAGUGAUCGAUCUUUAAAUACUUGCGCGUAAUGUUCGUAAAUUUCCUUGAUCCCAAAUUUCUCCAAACAGUUUAAGAAAUAUUGAAGUCAGAAUAAUGAUCUGUAUUAGCAAAAGUUCUGGCAAAUCGUAACUUGGAAAGAACGAGAAUGGAUGUAAAACAACGAAGAUAUUGGUACCAUAAUAACAGUUAGGAGCUCCACGUAUUCAUGGUUUUCUGGAGGGUAGCGGGAUCCGUUUUCCACAUGUAACGGGUAGCUGACAUAAUGGCUAAAUUCAUUAGUUCCCUUUCCAAUUGGUCCACAACAGCUUCGACGAGCUUCUCUUCGUUCCGCUUAAAAUGUAUACCGCCUUUAAAGAAAUGCGUUGUAAUAACAAUUAAAUGCACGUGAUUGAUCUGUUUUUAAUGAAACAAUGCCGGUUACUUACGUGUAAGGCAGGAUACGAUACAAGGCAUUUGUACCCUAAAGCCCGGGGUUUCCCAUCGA